CAGAAGCUGUGAGACACCAUAUCAAAGUAAUACAAUGACUAGAUCAGUCGUACUAUUGUGUGUCACAGCAUCGCUGUUCUCUAGUGUGCUGUGCUCAUGGGAGUAUCACUCCUACCUUGAAGCAUUAACUGACGAUAAUACCCGGUGUUUGGGAGAGUGUCUUCUGGGGCAGUGUGUCUACUAUUGGAGUACAAAUAUUAAACCAUGUCAUCCUACGAAAAAUGAAACGAAGUUCUACACGUCCUAUGACAAUUAUCCAUGCCAGAGCAACUGUGACAAGUUCCGAAAAGGAUAUGAAUGGUGCGUUACGGGUGAAAAUCAAUGGGACUACUGCAGUCGUGCUGUCGCUCUCAAAGGCCGUCUCAGACACACCACACAAAAUGAUUACUUGACAUGCUCUGACGAGUGUGGAAAGCACGACUAUCCAAACUACGAUAAUUGGUGUCACACGAUCAAGAACUACCAGUAUUGUGAUGUGGACGACAAAAUCUUCGUGCCUGAAUAUCCAACCUACGAUGGAACUACGUGUGUAACUCCGUGCAUGUUCUACGACAGUGAGACUGAGACCUACUGCUAUGACAACUACGGCUCCUGGAGGCGAUGCUACCUCAACCCACAGUACGAGCACGUGCUGCACUCACUCACGCGCAAACUACGAAGCAAUUGUAUCAAAAAGUUUGGCAACUACACCAGCAAAGGAUACAAAGUGUGUAAAAACUUGUCAAGAUCGAAACGCUACGAUUUUUCAUUCCACGAAUGCGAUUUGGACGUGAGUGCUAUUGCGGAACGACAUAGAGCUGAGAAUCCAUCCGAUCAGGUGCGUGUUAUAGACCCACAUGAACCUAUAACCCGCGACACGGAUCCCAUCUUAUCGUACACCAUGAUGCCGAGGCGAGUGCGGUUUGGGGAUCGCAACAACGUGGCAAAUGUCGACCUGCCACUGGUAUUAGAGGCGCAAUUGACACGCUACACUCUGUUACCUGUCGGCGCUGAUAGAGAAGGAUUUACUCCCUAUGUGAGUAACCACUACAAUCGCAUGAACCCUAACCGAAGAUUUACCACUGUCAACAAUAACUACGAUGAACGAGGUCACAUCUUGGCGUCUAGACUAGGUGGACCUAUGGAGGCCUUCAAUAUCUUCCCGCAAACAUGGCGUUUGAACCACGGCAGUGGUUCUUCGUGGUUUGAAAUGGAGCAACACAUGGCAAACUUUCUGCGGAACCGCGACGACCGGUACAUCGAAUUUCUGGCGGUGCUCGGCUACCUGCGAGACAAUAAUGGCCGUCUGAUCCCUCGACCUGAUCACAUCGGAAUCCGACUGAGAUUCCAUCAGAACAAUAUUUUGGUGAACCGUUACGGUAACAGACUCAACUCUUUUGAGGACAAUGAAACUGAAGACAUGUUCUUUUCUAAUGAUCCAGAUGAUGAUUGUGUUGUGAUGGUGGCCAAUGGAGUGCUAUAGAAUACGUAACAACUUUUUUGUGAAACAAUAAAAAUGUAUAAGUGUUA